GUUGUCACACAUGACCUCACAUGGAGAAUCAGUUGACAUUAUUACGGAUUAGUAAACAUGAUGAAGGGAGUUAUAUUAAUAUUCUUUUGUUUGCAAAUAAACUUAUGAGUUUGUUUUCUUGUAUUGUUUAGAACCAAGAUUAGAUGAGUUCUGUUGGUUUUAAUUCUGCUGCAAUCAUUAUUCCUUAUCAAUUUCUCUAAUCAAUGUAAAAAAGUAACAUUUUCGUUGUUUAUAAGUUGUCAAAGAUUGUAAACCAGAAAUUUGAUAAUGCCUCCAAACAAGAGAAAUGGAAAUAAUGUAGUUGGGACUGAUGAAGUUGCCACUGAUUACAAACUACAGCAAUUUUUGGAAGAUGUCCAAAAAUUCACGGAAAGAUCAAAAAAAAGUGAUGAAAAACCAAAAAGAUGCAGAAAAUCUUUUGAUGGUACUAAACAAGCUUUUAAAAAGCGAGGCCUAUUUGAAAAUGGAUUCAGAUCCAAACUAUUUCUUAAAGAGAAUAAAGCGAGAUUGAAAAGUAAUCUGAAUGAUCUUGUGAAAGAAUGUAAGAAAACUGGUGCCACUGAAGAAGAAAAUUUGUCUUCAAAUAGUCCAAGUGUAUUGGAAGAAAGCUCUGAACUAGGAAACCAAGAAGUUGAUAACAACAAGGAUAGUAAUGUGAUUCCAAGUAAAAAUGAAAGAGCUGCAGAUGAAAGCGAGAGGUUAUGUGCUCCUGAGGCCACAAAUAAGCCUUCUAAUUCACUGAUGACAAUAAUAAAAGAUAGAAAUGAAUUAAAGAAUUUGCUAUGGGAAAAAUAUUGUGAACGGAUAAAGUGUACACAAUCAGUGACUAAUAUUUUUCCUCUUGAAGAUCGUUUAAAAAUAGCAAAGCAAAGAAUAAAUGAUAUGAUUUAUCGGAAAUUUUUGCAACAUGCCAAACAGUACCCAACUAUACUCAGAAGGAUAUUUUCUAACGAUGAUAUCAAAAGAUUGGCUCAAAUUGUUGUGAAAGAGAAAGUUGAUAAAUGUCAACAGACGGAAGUUGUGACAGUGUCUGACUCAGUUAACAAGAAUAUUCAAUGUGAACUGUUGACCAAAAAGGAUUCUAUGCUAUCUUUCCCUAAUUCAUCUCAAAACAGUGGUAAUAGUCAGAAAGAAGAAGGAAGUUUUUUUGAUUUGAAUGUACCAAAAAAAAUUGAUACUCGAGUAACAUUUCUUGAUUCACUGGAAAACCGAGCAGAUAUAUAUUCCCCAGGAGUGCAGAAUACCUCACCAGAUGGUAAUGUUACUCCUCCUCCAUCCCCUUUUCCAGCCAGCAUUCAACAAUGUUGGGCACCGAGCACGGUUUCAACUCCCCGGAAACCUGAGAUUUUUUCACCUAACAUCUCUCCUCUUCAGCCUAGUUUUCAAAAACCACCGAUCUCGCCCUCACCACCUGAGCCAGUUGUUUUUAACCAGCCAAAUCUGACGAGGGACAGGAUAAGGAAGAAGAUAUCUCAACUUCAGUUUAUACAAAAUUCAAACACUUUUGAUUCUCCACAGCUGUGCUUUCCAAAAAGAAAAAGAUUGGCCUAUUCUCCUCAUAGAUUAUAAUAUAUUUUAAAAUUUCAAAUCAUCUCAUUUAAAUUUAAAAGAAAGAUGAUAUUUUUCAAAUGUUUAAUACUUAUUUAAUUGAUUUGGUUUGUUUACUGGUUGUUUAAUAAUGGUUGUAUCAUAUUUUUGUUUUUCCUACUUUAGUAUUAAUUAUAAAUAAAAUGAACUUACAUUAAUAUAUGUAUUUUUUUAUUUGAUUUAGCAAUUAGUAGUGUAUUUAAAGUUUUAAAAAAUAUUGUUUUUUAUCUAUAUUUUUAUAAUUAGUGUCGGCUUUAGAGAUUUGGCAUCCCUGGGUAAUGACGUCAUAACCCCCCAAAAAAUUAAUUUACUUCUUUAGCUGUUUCAUAUUAAGUAAUAUUUCAUUUGAUUCAGUAUAUCUCUAAUAGUAAUGUUAAAAUAAUAUUAUCCCCAGAAAAAAAAAGUAUAUAAAUAGCAGAAAUAAAUAUAGAUUAUAUAGUCUACAAAGUAACUAUUGAUAUUAUUAAGCUAUCAUUUAUAUUUGUUCUCUUUAUAUUUUUGAUUCCAUCCAUUGCUAUCCAUAAAUAUUCAUAUUAUUUUUAGUUACUAAAUCUAACCAUAUAAAGUUACUUAUUAUAUUCCAAUUAUAAACAAAAUUAUAUUUAUAU